AAAACAACAAAAGUUCUAAAAAUCAAAAGGUCAGAUUUUAUAAAAAUAAUAAAAAAUAAUUAAGAAGAAUUUUAGAAUUUUUGUCAAACGAAAGACCAAAUCCUAUUAUACAACGAUUUCUCAGAUAUCUAGCUCAAGUGUAAAUUCUGUUAAAAAUUUACACAUCUAACAAAAGAUUGUUAAAUAAUAAACUUGAAUCAAAAAUCAUUUCUAUAACGAAUUAAAAUAAAUGAGUAGACAAUUUAGCAAAGAAGAAGUUUCAAAAGAAAACUAGUAUUUCACCAUAACUCUUUAAACAAUUUAAGUAUGAAUUAAAUGCUGGCGUUUAAAUAUUAAUUUAAUAACGAUAAUGAUAACUUAAAAGAAAUGGAUUUGCAAGAAUAUCUAGAAUUUAGUUGGUCUGAAAAUUAAUCAUAGGAUGUUUCUUAGUAUUAGGAUUAAGUAAAAGAAGUGUAAGAUUAAUAUUUUGAGGAAUACCUACUUUAGAAAGAGUUAGAAGCUUGCAAUAAAACUUAUGGAUCUUACUUGAAAAGUGAAAUACUAAGCUAAUAAGCAAAAAAUAGAUCUAGCAUACAAAGUACAAAAGUAGUGCCACUGUCUGUUCAUGAAUUUGAUGAUCUCUAAGGUCUAGAGAAAAAAUUUAACAAAAUGGGAACUUUAGAUAGACCAAAUCUAUAGCAAUGUGAGCCAACACAACAUAUAACUACAAAAGAAAAUUAAAAAUCUUUAAUGGAUCUUGAUGGAGUUAAAAAAGGAAAAGAAAAUAAUGAAUCCUCUCAAGUGGAACAAAAUGAAGAUGUAUUUACAAAUACGAAGGCCUCUUAACACAUGAAAUAAACCAGAGGUAACAGUUUAUCCAAAAUAUUUUUGGAAAUUGACAAUCCCAGCGAAUAUGGAAGGUUAAGUUAAAAAAAGAAGUCAUAACAUGAGUUGACAAAUAAAAAUAUUGACCAACAAAAACAAUCAAAUCUUAACACUCCGUGUGGAUUAUCAAUAAAAACCACAAAUAGAAAUACCUUUAUAUAAGUUAAAAGUGAUGUUAUUAUUACAAAUAACUAUUAUUGGCAGUUUGAUAAACUGAAAAAUUAUUAAAAUUACUAUUCAAAAGGAAAUUCAAAUUUUGUGCUAGAUUAGUUCAACAAAAUACUCUAAAAAAAUAAAAAAAAUUCAAAAGUAAAAAAUUUAUGA